AUGACCGACAACCAAGCAAUCCAGACCGGGGCAGGUACGGCUACAGCGCGUAUCCUCGAAUGCCACGAAUUACUCCACCACAUCGCCUCCUUUUUACCAUGGAAACACUUACCUACCCUGGGGGCCUCCAGCUCCUUGCUCCGCUGUAUCGCUCAACUCGAAGCCGAGAAGAGGAUCAAGAUGGCCAUGGACCCUAUCUUGAAAGCUCAAGACUUGACGUUCCACACAUUCAUGAAGGCCUUGGACAAGUGCGAAGGGGGGUUUAUUGGCAGUACGGCGUUAAGGGUCAUGUACAUGGGGACGGAAUACGAGGACGAGUACGCCAGGAUGCCUCGUCUCACGGUAGUGGUCCCGCAGGGCCAGCUGCAGGUGUUCACCGCGCUGCUGAACAAGCCUUCGUGGAUUUGGACGGAGAGGCCCAUCGGGUGGCAGUCUCGGGAGACGAUUUCCAAGGUCGUGGAAGCCAGUGUUCAGACCGAUUUCGACUUCCUGACUGACGAGGAGGUCCUGGAGAUGGUUCCAGAGCCGGAGACCCCAGAGGAGCGAGGGAACGAUUACACUAUCCAAGGAAGGGUGAAGCGCAGGGAGAGGUUAAAACGCUUGGUAUGUGUUUAG